CGGAACUUUUUGCACUCUGUAAUUUUUAUCUCAUUUUCGCAGAUGUCAGGGCUCCUCAAAAUUACUUUUGCUCGACUUCAAAAGCACAAUGCAGUGCGUGCAGCCAAGAAAUUCCUAACUUGAAUAGAUUGCUAACUAAGGCAUGAAAUGGAAGAAUUCAAUUUUGGGGAGUCGUCGACCGUCGGUUGUCUCACUUUAAUACAUAUACCCCCCCCCCUUCUCUGUGUGGAAAAGUCGCUUGUGUAUACACAUUGAAAUGUUCGAGCUGAGGCGCAAAUACAUAGCAAUGGUACCUCAAAUUCUCUACACUCUGGUGGCAGGAGCCCUAUCCGAUAGCUUUGGCCGCAAACCCCUGCUGUUCUUUCCAAUGCUGGGGCGAAUUUUGGGCAAGACGGUCCACUUGCUCCAUCUCAUGUUCUACCAUGAGCUUCCCAUCUGGGCCUACUAUUUCACCGAGUUGAGUGACAUUAUGGGCGGCAUUCCCAUUUACUACAUGGGGGUCUACGGCUAUGGCUCCAACACGGUCGACCAAGCGAAACGAGCAGCCCGCUUAGCCCGUUUUGAUGGUGUGGAACAAGUGGCCUAUCUAACCGGAGCCGCUCUCAGUCCCGUUGUUUUCCGAGCAUUUGGAUGUUGGGGCUCAUUUCUCAGUGGAAUCACCAUCAAUAUUGCCGCCCUAUUGAUCUUGGUUCUCCGCACACCUGAGCCCAUUGUGCCCAAGGAAGAAAAGAGCAUCUUCAAAGACGCGAACUCUUCCGACACGACCUUUUCCAAGAUAACCAGGCUGUUCCAUCGAUGCGUUACCCAACCCUUGAGCGAAACCAAAGCCACUUUAGCCAAAAAGCGAGAUCAUGGAUUGCGAACCGUGCUCUACUUGGCUUUUUUCAAUUAUGCCAUCUAUCUCUUAGUUCUCAAUAUCAACUCGCUUGAGUACCUCUACCUGAAGCUGGUGUUUCCGGGAUUCACUGGCGAAGACAUGGCCGUUUACAAGGUUUUAACGAAGACAUUUGUUCUCAUCACCAUGUUCAUCCUUAUGCCUUACUUCAAUGGGAAGCUACAUUGGCACGAAACCUCGAUUUUGUCCAUCAUCUCGACUUCUUUGGUAUGGUCCUAUUUUGGUAGAGGCAUCGCCGCUAAUUUGAUCCCACAAUAUUAUGCGGCCGGUCUCUUGGGCUUUCUUCAACUGGGUCUUUACUGCACCAACCGCUCUCUGAUCACCCGAUGCAUCGAUGACGGAGAGAUAGGCAAAGCCUUCGCUGGCGUCUCCAUCCUUACGGCCAUGGUCAUGGCCGUGUCUCAACCCAUCUACAGACACCUGUAUGAUGCCACAUUGGACGUGUUUCCUGGCUCCAUUUUCAUGGUGACCGCGAGCGCCUUGGCCGUGGCAAGUUUGGUCAACUACUUCUUGGUCUCAAAACGACGUUCCAUUCAAGUUGGUCGAGUCACUCCGACCGACAGCACUGAAUAGGUUGAGGACUUUCGUAGUAUGUAAACAUUGGAAAAAGGUUUAUUGCAUUCAAAGUGGAACAAAAGAACCUAUGAUAACAAUAUGAGAUUUACUU